GUGUCCAGGUUUUUUUUUUUUUUUUCAAACAAUCCAAAACAUGCGCCUGUGCCAGCAGCUGUGGCUGACUUUAGCACCGCGUCAUCGCUGGUCCUAAAAAUAACGACCCGAAUGACAGGAAGUCCUCCUCGGUGACUUAGCAAAAGGUCUGCGCCAUGUUGCCCGCUCCUUGUUGAUCUGAGGUGAAGCUACCAUAUCUUUUUUGUUUUGCUCGAAGGAUGAUGUCUCUGACUCUAAUUCUGUCAAUCUUAGGUAAGCCAUAACCCCAGUUUUUAGCCCUCCUGCCGACAUAAGAUUUUAAACUAACUCUUUGGAUUGAAGCUCAUCAUGGUGCGAAACGUGGACGACCUGGACUUCUGCCUGUCCUCCCACCCUCAGAGCAUCCUGGAAGGCCUGCGCUCUCUCUGCUCUCACCCCAAACUCGUGGACGUGACGCUGACCGCAGGCGGCCGGGAGUUCCCCUGUCACCGAGGAGUGUUGGCGCUCUGCAGCACGUACUUCCGCUCCAUGUUCUCGGGGGACUUCGUGGAGAGCAUAGCCGCCCGCGUGGAGCUCCACGACGUCGACCCUGACAUUCUGGGAUACUUGCUGGACUUUGCAUACACGGGCAAACUGACCAUCAACCAGAGCAACGUGGAGGGCCUGAUCUGCACCUCCAGCCAGCUGCAGUUCCAGACGGUGCGGGCAGUGUGCAGCCGAUACCUGCAGCACCAGAUCGAUGCCACCAACUGCCUGGGGAUCCUGGAGUUUGGACAGAUCCAUGGCUGCCCUGAGGUGGUGGCCAAAGCCUGGGCCUUCCUCCUGGAGAACUUUGAGGGGAUCCAACAAGGUGAAGAGUUCCUGUUACUGGAAAAAGACAGACUGGUUGCAUGCUUGUCUGAUGAAAGGCUGCAAAUUCGCUCGGAGUGCACGCGCGUGGAAGCCAUCCUGAAGUGGGUGAAGCACCAGGAGGAGUCUCGACUGUGCUGCCUCUCUGACCUCCUCAGCUGGUCACAUCUGUCUCUGCUGAGUCUGAGCUACCUGUCUGACACCCUGCUGAAGGACAGCCUGGUGCUGGCCUCACCCAGCUGCAGGGAGGCCAUCGAAAAAAUACACAGAGAGAAAAUCGAUUUGGAACCGGAAUAUUCUGACAGACUAAACUCUCAGAGUCCACAAACAAACCUGCAAGAAGUGCUGUUUGUGAUGGGAGGCCGCUCACUGGAUGACUCAGACGAUGAAGAUGACUCUGAUGAGGAUGAAGACAGAGAUCCAAGACUUCAGAGACCACCUUCCAGGAACUGUGCCUUCUACAACACAAAGACCAAAAAAUGGCAUCAGCUGCCAAACUUUCCCAAUCUUGACAAGUGGGGUUACUCCAUAGUGUCCCUGAACAAUGAUGUGUAUGUAACAGGCGGCUCACGCGGUGCAAAUACCAACACCUGGUCAACCACAGAGACCUGGAAGUACAUCACCAGAGAGGGGAGAUGGGUUACUGUGGCACCCAUGCUCCGGCCUCGGACAAACCACACAACAGCAACCCUCAAUGGAGAGAUUUAUGUCAUCGGAGGUACAACAUCGGACAGAGUCGAGGUUGAGCAUUAUGAUCCCUACAAUAACACCUGGACUUUGACGUGUCCUGCCCUAAAAUAUGUGACUAACUUUACGGCCACAGCUUGUCAUGGGAAGCUCUAUGUGAUUGGUUCAUGUGCAGUGAAGUAUAACGCUCUGACCAUGCAGUGCUACAACCCUGUUAUAGAUUCCUGGAUCAGCGUAUGGUCACCCUUCAUCCCUAAGUAUUUGUCCUCUCCUCGCUCUGUCUGCGAGGACGGAAACAUAUACCUCGUGGCUGACAACACUAAGAAGGUCUAUUCAUAUGAUCCAGAGGCAAACAUGUGGCAGAAGGUCCAGCCCCUUCACAUGCUCCACGAGAAUGGUGGCCUGGUAACUGUGGAUGGAAAGCUUUUUGUCACCGGCGGCCACUGGAAAGGAAUGGAGGGCGACUACGGGGUGGAGGUGGAGGUUUACAAUCGAGCAACAAACACUUGGGAGGUGGAGUGCUUCCUUCCAAGACUGUGGUUCUACAGCGGAGUUAGUACCAUCUUUUUAGAUCCAUCCCAGUGGCCGGAGCUUUUGCCAAGUGACGCAACAUAAGGACAUGUUGUCCUGACACUGAUUAAAUGUUUGGGUCAGAGAGUUCAGAGACAUAUCUGUCUUACAUCUGAAAGCAUAAAUAAAGUGUUUAUCCCAGGAUGUUAUUGUGCCUCAGAAUAGUGCGUUACAUGAUCCUCAGGCAUUAAUAACAUGUACUGCUCAGCAGGUGUUUGUUUAUCCCUUGUAUUAUAUGAAUGUAUUUAUGUUGUGAUAUAGUGCUUGUGUAUCAUAAAAAAACAGAAACUCUCAGAGCACCUGUUGUAAGAAUAAUUAAUAAAUAUAAGUUUUAGCUGUCUUCUACUACUUGUUAAAUAAAAGUCAUUUUUGAAAGGCA